AUGGUCUCCACUCAAGCGAUCGUUCUCGGGUAUGCCGCCCUCGCCGGUCUCUCUAAUGACGGCGCUGGUAGCCACAUCUCCGCCGAAGUAGGGCUGUCCGCCCAACAGCAGCAGCAGCAAUACGCCCCGACAGCUGCCUCCACGCAGCUCAAGAUCAUGACCUUCAACGUGCGUACGUCCCUCGCCAACGACAAGUGCCCGAGCGGGUGCUGGGAGCAGCGCCGGUGGCGUGCGAAGCAGCUCGUGGACAAGUACGAGCCCGACCUCAUCGGCACGCAGGAGGGCGCGCCCGACCAGAUCAAGUUCUUCACGUCGAACCUGUCGUACGCGAGUCUGGGCGAGUGCGCGGGUGAGUGCAAGUGGAACGAGCGAGACAGCAUUUUCUACAAGCCGGAGCGCUGGGAGGUGCUGGGCAACUCGACGUUCGCGCUGAGUGACACGCCUGAGGUGCUUGGCUCGAACACGUGGAACCUCGAGUAUCUGCGUGCAGCGGUGAUCGCUCGUCUUCGGGACCGUGUCACGAGCCAAGUCGUGUGUAUCCUCAACACUCACUACGACAUCACUCGUGGGCAGAACCAGUCGUCGGUGUUGGUGGCUCAGCGUAUGAGCGAAUAUUGCCAGGACGGAGACGCGGUGUUUAUGACCGGCGACUUGAACGCGAUCCCGACAUCACCUGCCGUGAAGUACCUUGCGGGUGAUAUUCCUUUCAAUGGCUCGUAUACUCCAAUUCCCCUGUAUGACUCGCUGAUGGCUGCGGGUGCUGGCAACGCGACGUGGAUCGGGUCUGGAUUCGGCAAUCAUUCGUGGGAACCGUACAAUUUCGACUACAUUUUCACUCGUGACGACAAGGAGAAGUGUCUUCAGAACGCGUCGGUGCUGGUUGAUCUGUUCGACGGAUACUCGAGUUCGGAUCAUGCGGUUCCAAUCUCGGAGUUCUGUUUGGGGCCUGAGUGCUCCAACUGCAUUGGCCAACUGGAUGCGAAACAGGGUGUGCAAAUUCAACUUGGUGCACAAGUAUCGCUUUAG